UCCAAGGGCUCCGUCACACUUCCUUCCGCACCUCCUUUUGACCCACCUGUGAAUGAUCCAGCCUUCCUGAACUCGACGUCCGAUGGCUACCUCAUGGGGGGCGCCAUACGCGCUGCUGUGCGUUUCGUUUCUAAAAAGACGCAGGACGGCUUCGUUACGGGACAAGCAAACGGCUUCGCGAAUGUGGACCUGGACGAGGAUAAGGAUGUUGAUGCGUAG